AUGGGCGCUCCCACCGCUCCUCCGUCGACUGAUCCACCUCCCAAACCUAUCAUUUCCCCGCCCAACACCCUCACCCUCUCGCAGAUCGUCACCGGAUGCAAGGUCUUCGUCCAGCGACCUAUCCACCCCGACAAGCCUGACGAGCUCGAGGUUCGCAAGGCCGAGAUCUUGUCGAUCAGGGAGAGGAAGUUGGGGCGGGCGGAGCGGAAAGAGCGGAAGGCGCGGCUGAAGGCGGCCCAGAAUGAGGGUGCGGAAGCAGAGGCGGAGCUGAAGCGCAAGGAAGAGGAGGAAGAGGAGAAGCGGAGACAGGAAGGAGACAGGCUCGAGUACUACUGCCAUUACGUCGAGUUCAACAAGCGUCUCGACGAAUGGGUCGCUGCGUCCCGCAUUCUCCUCUCGCGCGAAGUUGAAUGGCCCUUACCUCCCGCACCGCCUGCACCCGCACCCGGCUCGACCCGCAAGAACAGUCGCGAAACUUCCCUUGUCCCUCCCGCUUCUCCCUCGCCCGCUCCUUCCUCCAUUAGCGGUUCAGCGGCCGAGACCAAGAAGGCUAUCGACGCCGGAAACGUCUUGCGAAAAGCGGCGAUCAAGGCGGCGCACGAGCAGAGCGUGACGAACAAGCGGAAGGCGAUGGACGGAGACGAAGAUGCGGACGGCGAGGACGAGGAUGCGGACGGUGAGCUGAACUUAGACGGCGAUGCGGCGAUGGCGGAUGCGCAGACGGGCGACGACGCUUCGACGCAAGCAGACGGCGCGACAGACGGCUCGGAGGACGGCAACAUCCCCACGUUCUCCAAGGCGCGCGAGAUCGAGAAGCUGCGCACACAAGGCUCGAUGACGCAGUCGCAGUCGGAGAUUUCGCGCGUCAAGAACCUCGACCGGAUCCAGAUCGGCAAGCACCUCGUCGAGGCGUGGUACUUCUCGCCCUACCCGGUCGAAUAUGCGCACACGCCCGUCCUCUACGUCUGCGAGUUCUGCCUCUCGUUCUACGCGUCCGAGAAGCAGAUCGAGCGGCAUCGACACAAGUGCACGCUCCAGCACCCGCCCGGCAACGAGAUCUACCGCCACGAGGACAUCUCGUUCUUCGAGAUCGACGGCCGCAAGCAAAAGACGUGGUGCCGCAACCUCUGCCUCCUGUCCAAGGCUUUCCUCGACCACAAGACGCUCUACUACGACGUCGAUCCGUUCCUCUUCUACGUGAUGUGCGUCCGCGACGAGUACGGCGUCCACCUGGUCGGCUACUUCUCGAAGGAAAAGGAGUCGGCCGAGGCCUACAACGUCGCGUGUAUCCUCACGCUGCCGCAGUACCAGCGCAUGGGUUACGGCAAGCUCCUUAUCGAGUUUUCGUACGAGUUGAGCAAGAAGGAGCAGCGCCUCGGGUCACCCGAGAAGCCCUUGUCCGACCUCGGCUUGCUCUCGUACCGCGCGUACUGGGCCGAGACGAUCGUUGAGCUGCUCAUCAACACAAAGGACGACAUCUCGAUCGACGAGAUCGCGAACCGAACAGCCAUCACGACGAACGACGUCUUUGCGACCUGCCAGGUUCUACGCCUUCUCAAGUUCUACAAGGGCCAGCAUCACCUCGUCGUCUCGCCCGCCGUCCUCGAGCAGCACGAGCGCGUCAGGGCCAAGGUGCGGCGGCGCAUCGAGCCGUCGAAACUCGUCUGGCGGCCACCGGUCUUCAGCAGGCAGGAGUUGCGCUUCGGGUUUUAG